UUGAAAUAUUUUCCACCAACACCAAGGGCUGUUGAAAGAGAUAACAAUGGUAAACUGUUCUAAAUAACAUAAAGGCAAAGACUAAAAGAAAUACCAACUAUAUUGUGUUGUUUAGGGGCAGAUUCCAUUAUGCAGAGAUGGGAAGGGAAAACCACAGAGUCUACACAUUCAUCUCCCUGGUGCAAGGGGGUAUUGUUCUGUACCCCUGUUGUGGCAGGAUUAGAAAUACCACCAGGGAGCAAGUACACAAAGUUGUUAUGGAAACCAGAAUGCUUCAGCACAGAGUUAUUUACAGAGAACUUCCAGGAUUAUCACAUUCAAUAAAAUCAACUCUGCUUUGCUUCACUCUGUGCCAGUGCAUCCCAAUCAAAUAUCUAGUUUGAAGGGUCCUUCAGUAAGCUGCAUUUGGCUGCAUAUGGAUUCAGGAAUCAGUGGAUGGUGGUCACAUCACUAAGUAAAAUUUAUAUAUGGCAUUUUUGUAUUACAUGCUUGACACUAGUUCACACUUGCCUCAACUAUUGUCAAGUUUGCUGGUUUCCGUAAUACAGGAACAAGGUGGCUGUUGACUAAUGCCAUUGACAGAGAAACAUUUCCUCCAAUGUAGCUGCUGUCUGUGUUGCCUGAUACCGCGGUACUGCAGCACUUCUCUCCACAUUCUUUCUACUUGCCUUUAAGGCUAGACAGUGACAGCUGCCUCUGGCCAACAUUUUCGUCUUUAAUUGUGAAUUGGGAUUCUCUCAGCUAUUGAACAAGAUCUUUGAAAAAAGACUUUUCUUUCUUUCCUUUUUUUUUUUUUUUUUUUGCAAAAAUGAGGAUUUUCAUAGCCUUUGAGGGAUCUUUUGAACCAUUUGAUGUUUCAGCAGAUGAAACUGUGGAGGCUGUCAAGCUAAUGAUAAAGGAUUUUUUCCACAUUCCUCUGUCUGAAGACGAACAAGGCAGGCGGUAUCUGGAGCUGAUGUACGCUGGAGCAACCCUAAAGGACAGCUGGAGUCUUACUGAUGUUGGAGUAUCUUUUUGUUCAACUCUCAAAUGUUUCGUUAAGGAAGAAGAGAAGCCCACUCUCUAUGUGUUCAAUGCUGUGACCCAAGAGACAAUGCGGAUAAUGGAGAGCAUUUCCCUUCUUGGUAAAAAAGUGUCUGAUCUGAGAACACUAGUAGCUCUGAGAUGUGGCUUCCCCCUGAGUGUCUUCUGUCUCCGGACGCCAGAGGGACUGGAGAUGUAUGACUGCAACACACUCAGGGACUACCAGAUAGACAUUGGCAUGACACUUCGCUUGGACGUCUGGGAUGGAUGGAAGGAAUUUCUGAUGGGUUGUCUUCUUGGACAAAAACUUAAAGUCCAACGCUACUUAUCAAACAAAAGACCAGUACUCAAGUAUCAGAAAAGGGUAGCCCUGUACAUCGCUGCCUUUUAUGGGUACGUUGAGCUCACGGAAUGGGCCCUGAAGCAGGGUGUGCGGCCCAACGAGGCGGUCGGUGUGCACCCCUAUCGAGCAUGGUGCCACGAAGCUCUGCACGCAGAUGUCUCUAAAUGCCCCAUUCAUGCAGCCGUAGAAGCGGGCCAACUGCUGAUUCUGAAGGCCUUUGUCAACUGCAGCGUGCUGUGCCUGGAAUGCAAAAAUGCAGCGGGGCAAACUCCCCUGGCUAUUGCAUUCAAACACAAGCAGAAAGACUGCGUAUUAUAUUUACUGAGUAAAAUGUGGUCCACGGUUUCCUUUCUGAAAAUCUCAGUCCCUAUGAGGAUUUAUAUUAAAAUAAAACAGUGGAUACUCAGAGCUCAGAGUCACAACCUCAAUAAAAGCCAGCUUUGUGGAGCAAGGGUCUUUGGGGCAAAAGUUGGAGACACUGUGAUGAUGGUGGAUGGUUUCACCAAACCAAAAAUGACCUCCAAAAGCUGGCAUAAGGCUGGAAACAAGGACUCAGAAGGCACGGUGGGCAAACUACUGCCUCUCAGGGAGCAGACUGUGAGCAGGAAACCUGUCAAUCUUUUAACAAUUUCACAGCAGGACACAAGAGGACAAACACUCAAGUUUCCUCCUCUGGUAGACUCAAAUACAUUCUCGGAAAUACGAAAACAACAAAAAAAUCGGAAGAAAAUUAAUGCCACAGCUAGGAAUAAAGAAAAGCUUAUAAAAAAUACGUAUCUUCCCCAAGUCCCCCUCCCUCCGGUUUCAAGAGUGGGCUACUCACACCCAUCUUUUUACUAUGCAACACCCAGGGCCGGCUGUCUACUCAGAUCCCCUUUGGCGUCUUUCUCAGAGCACAGUGGGAUGACUCCAAGGGAGAACGCCAUCUACUGCUUAGCUGUGGCCAGUGCCUUUAAAGAGAAACGAUGGCUUCAGCAGUUAAGAAUAGCAACAGCCCUAGCCAAAAACAGCAUUUCUCACCUGACUACCCAAGGAGGCCUGAUGUCAUGUGAAAAUCUUCCGGAAAUUGUGCUUUGAAAAGUCAUGGCAACCUCAGUUUGAGCGAAGACUUGGUCAAAUAAAACCUCUAGUUCUAAUGCUAAUAUUUCUAAUAAGUUCUAAUGCUGGAAUUUCUAAUAAUAAUUCUAAUACUACAACAGAAUAUUUAAUAUUUAAUACCAUGUUUUCUUGGACCCUACCACCCUAAGUGAAAAUUUAGGGCAUUUGUUUUUGUUUUGCUUUCCUGGGAUUUGUUUUAAAAUGCUGUUUGUUUUUUAAACCAUGUGAAUGUAGUACGUAGUAAAAAAUUAAUUUAAAAAUUCUGUAUGGAGAAAGUUCUUAGGAAACUUACAAAUAUCAUCUAAGUCUACUACUGGUCUCAGACAUCUUUUGAAUUUCUUCUCAAACAUUGCUUUCUAUUUUUUUUAAAUUGAGGUAGAGUUUACAUACAGUGAAUUGCAAAGAUCUUAAACAUAAGAUUCAAUGGCUUUGAAUGUAUACAUCCAUGUAACUAAUAUUCUGGUCAAGAAGUCAACACUUCCAUUAGCCCAGAAAGUUCCUUCAAGCUUCUAUCUAAGUCUAUCCUAAUCCCUGUAAGCAACCACUAUUCUGAUCUUUUAACUCCAUGCAUAACAUUUCCCAAUCAAAGGAAUCACACAGUUGUUCACUUUCGUGUCUGGGUUAUUUUGCUCAACUUAAUCUUUUGAGAUUAAUCUACAUUGUUGCAUGUAUUAGUAGUACAUUCUUUUCUUUCCUUUUUUCUCUAUGUAGUAAUAUCCCUUUUUUCAUUCCUGAUACUAGUAUCUUUUGCCUCUCUAUUUUUAUUUUUGUCAUGAAUAGUCAGUAUUGUAAUAAUUUUAACAAUUUUACUAGUUUUAUUCAUUUUCUACAGUGAACUUAUUUUUAUUAAUUAAUUUAAUUAAUUAUAUAUUUGCUUUCUAAUUUGUUAAUUUCUUUUUUUUUAAUAGUUUCUACUUCUCUGACAAAAUUCUUCAUCUGUCAUCUAAUGUUUUGGACAUUUUCUUCAUAGCUACUUUAGAGUCCAGGUCUAAUAAUGCUAAUAUCUGUACCUCCUCCAUACAGAUCGUCCUCAGAUCUUUUUUACUAUUGAGUAAUAUUCCAUUGUGUGGACACACCAUAGUUCAUCUAUUCAAAUGUAUGUACAUUUGGGUUGUCUCCAGUUUUGUGAUAUUGUGAAUAAAGUUUCCUUAAACAUUAUUAUAAAGGUCUUUUUCUGGACAUAUGCUUUCAUUUCUUUUGUGCAAACACCUAGGGAUAGUUAGAUAAUAGGGUAAAUGUAUAUUUAACAUUAUAAAAAAUUGACUAACAGUUCUCCAAAGUGGUAUUACAAUUUUAUAAUUACACCAAAGAUAUGCAAGUGUUCUGGUUGCUUUACAUAAUCACCAAAAUUUGGUGUCUUUAGUACAUUUGAUUUUUAGUUAUUCUGAUGGGUUUGAAGUGAUAUCUCAUUGUGGUUUUAAUUUGCAUUUCCUUGAUGACUAGUAAUUUUGAAUGCUUUUUUGUGUGCUUAUUGGCCAUUUGUACAUUUUCUCUGGUGAAGUGUCAAUUCAAGUCUUUUGCCCAUUGAAAAAACUGUGUUGUUUAUCUUUUAAUUACUGGUUUAUUAGAGAUUUUUAUAUACUCAUGAUACAAGUUAUUUGUCAAAUAUGUGUAUUGCAAAUAUUUUUUCCCAGUCUAUGGCUCUCUUUUUCAUUUUAUUAUUGGUGUCUUUUGAUGAAUGAAAGUUUUAAACUUUGAUGAAGUAAAACUUAUCAUUUUUUUCUUUUAUGAUUCAUGCUUUCUGCUUCUUCUCUAAGAAAUCUCUGACUACCCCAAAGUUGUGAAAAUAUUCUCAUAUGUUUUCUUCCAGAUGUUUCAGUUUUAGUUCUUAUGUUAGGUCUAUAAUUUAUCCUGAAUUAAUUUUGUGUAUGUGAUAGGAGUUAAGAGUCAAAAUUCUUUUUUGUCAGUUUAUCAAAUUAUUCUAGUACAAGUUGUUGAAAAGAUUUUCCUUUCCCCCAUUGAAUAUCUUAGCACCUUUGUCAGAAAUUAAUUUACAAUAAUAUGUAUAGAUCUAUUUUCAGACUUUGUAUUCUGUUCCACUGAACUAUUCACUUUUCCUUAUACUAAUACUGCACUGUAUUACUUGCUGUAGCUUUACAGUGGGUCUUGAAAUCAGGUAGUAUGAAUACUGCAACUUUGUUCUUCUUUCUCCUAGUUUGUUUUGGCUAUUCUCAGUCCUUUGCA